AUGAGCGGAAGCACAUUGACGUCCGCUACGGCGUUCUCGCCGUCGCUAGAGGCCGUCAAGCUGGCGGCCAGCAUGUACAAUGCAGCCCGCGAAGGCAACAAGGCUGUCAUUGAGGAGGGCAUUCUCGAUGGGCUGCCACCCAACCUGACGAACGAGAAAGGAGACACCUUGCUGAUGUUGGCCGCUUACUACGGCCAUGCGGACGUGGUCAAGCUUCUGAUUCAACAUGGAGCUGACCCCAACAGACUGAAUGACAAGCGUCAGAGUCCAAUCGCUGGCGCUGUCUUCAAGGGUCUGGAUGCAGUAAUUGAGGUCCUUCUGGAGGGGGGUGCUGAUCCGGAAUAUGGCAAGCCGUCGGCGAUCCAGUGCCUCACCAUGUUCAACCAAGAGGGUAAGUGGAAAGACAAGUUCGAGGCCGCGCCCGGGCGAGGCAAGGCGAAGGCUGUUCCUCAGGACCAGGCCGAGGAGAGGGCCCCUGAAAAGUUCAAAGCAUGA